AGCUGUCAGGCUCCGCAGUCCAGUGAGCAGAGGAGUCGGGCGGACGACGACUGAGCGGCGGCACAGGGAGUGUUUUUAUGGCCACUAACGUGUUGUAUUGAAGAAAACACGAGGUGGUUUUUGUUCGGUUUUUAUUCGAGAAGCCGUGAAAAUCCGACCGCCGUCUGGAUUGUGGACUAUGCGUUAACUUUGAAGUGCUAAACGAGACUCUAGCCGUCGAGCGACGUUUGAACUCGCGGAUAGUUCGUCUGAAAACACACUCAGCGGAAGUCUAACGAGGAUUAACACACAAAAAACAACCACCUCGGGAGACUUGGACUUGGUAUUUACGCGAAGAACUACAUGAAUUUAACGGGGAAACUUACCGGUUGGCAACUUUUGUUCCUCCACAGCGGCGCGGACCGUCGUAGUGGCGGACGUUAACGUCGGCUAACUUUAGCUACAGAGCUAGGCACGUUAGCUGGGCAGCGCAGUUUGACUUCACUACUAACUUUUGUUUUUACGACAGUGACAUUCGUACGUUUUGCAACUGGUUGACUAUUUUUCAAACACGACGAAGCAGUAAAAAAAAAAAACAUAAAAAAAAAAACACACCCGAAAUUUAAGGAAUUUGUUUUUUGUUUUUUUUUUACGUCGGUAACUUCGGGCUAUACUGCGUGCGAUGACAUGAGUUGUGUUUUGUCUCUUUGCUCCGUGUUUUGAAGAUUGUUCCCGUGUUUCCAGAAAACGAGUUCCCUCAACGAUGCAGUCUUUGGACACAGUCUAACCCCAAUACUGAGCGACCAUGUUGGAUCAUACAGAAUAACUCAAGACUUUGGGCAGGAGACGAGAUAUCAAGUCGUGCGGUUGUGCUCCGUGUUGUUGUGUGUUGUUUUCCCUCCUGUGUGUGUGUGUGUGUGUGCUGAUGCGAACAGAAGAGGAAACCUUUCUUUUGACCUGAGGGAUACGACAACAGCUGCUCGUCUGAAGUCUUCGUCAGUUUAUGCAUCAAAAUGUCGGCCAUCUCCGCAUCCGAGAAAGUGGACGGGUUUACGAGAAAGUCCAUGAGGAAGGCCCAGAAACAGAGGAAAUCCCAGGGCUCCUCUCAGUACCGCACACAGAGCGCUCCGGUCGAGCUGUCCCCGCUGCCGCAGCUCAAAGAUGCGCCCUCCACAGAGCAGCAGGAACUGUUCACUCAGAAACUCCAGCAGUGCUGCAUGCUCUUCGACUUCCUGGACUCAGUGACGGACCUGAAGAGCAAGGAGAUCAAAAGGGCCACACUUAACGAGCUCGUGGACUACGUCUCCACCAACAGAGGGGUGCUGGUGGAAACUGCAUACCCAGAGAUCACAGAUAUGAUCUGCACCAAUAUAUUCCGGACUCUUCCGCCAAGCGAUAACCCCGAUUUUGACCCGGAAGAGGAUGAACCCACUUUAGAGGCUUCCUGGCCUCACAUUCAAUUGGUCUAUGAGUUCCUCCUACGCUUUCUAGAGAAUCCAGACUUCCAGCCCAGCAUUGCAAAGCGCUACAUUGAUCAGAAGUUUGUUUUGCAGCUGCUGGAGCUGUUCGACAGCGAGGACCCGAGGGAGAGGGACUUCCUGAAGACCAUCCUGCAUCGGAUUUACGGAAAGUUUCUGGGGUUGCGGGCCUUCAUCAGGAAGCAGAUCAACAACAUUUUCUUGCGGUUCAUCUAUGAAACCGAGCACUUCAAUGGAGUUGCUGAGCUGCUAGAAAUCCUGGGAAGUAUCAUCAACGGGUUUGCUUUGCCUCUGAAGGCCGAGCACAAGCAGUUCCUUAUGAAGGUGCUCAUCCCGUUACACACAGCUAAAGCAUUGUCCCUUUUCCAUGCACAGCUGGCCUACUGUGUGGUCCAGUUCCUGGAGAAGGAUCCUACACUCACUGAACCGGUGAUCCGUGGACUGCUGAAGUUUUGGCCUAAAACCUGCAGCCAGAAAGAGGUGAUGUUCCUGGGUGAAAUAGAGGAGAUUCUGGAUGUCAUUGAGCCAACGCAAUUCAAGAAAAUUCAGGAGCCGUUGUUCAAACAGAUCUCUAAAUGUGUGGCCAAUCCACACUUUCAGGUAGCAGAGCGAGCGCUGUACUUCUGGAAUAACGAGUACAUUCUCAGCCUCAUCGAGGAGAACAUCGACAAGAUCCUCCCCAUCAUGUUUGGUAGCCUGUACAGAAUCUCCAAAGAGCACUGGAAUCCGACAAUCGUCGCUCUGGUAUACAACGUGCUGAAGACGUUGAUGGAGAUGAACUGCACGCUGUUUGAUGAGCUGACUUCCUCCUAUAAAGCAGACAGGCAACGGGAGAAGAAGAAGGAGCAGGAGAGGGACGAGCUGUGGAAGCAGCUGGAGGAGUUGAGGCUCAGCAACCCCACUCUGGUCCAGAACAACAGCCACGGGCUCCCGAGUGUCCAGAACAACAACAACAACAACAGCAACAACAACAACAACAAUAGUAAUAAUAAUAAUGACCACCAGGACAAGAGCGUUGAUGCUGCUGCCGUCGCCACAGACGACGACGACCCUGACGUCAGCGUGGUGGCCAAUGAGAGCACCCCAUGUGCCAAAUGACAGCGGACGGCAGUUUUUUAUUCCGUGACGGUUUGACAUCGUGUUCAGGACUGUCAGGAGAGGAUUAACGGAGGCAGAAAAACACAAAUUACACCUCAACAGUAUAUUAAAUCUACUUAGAGUGACUUAGAACGCCAGCAUUUCUUUGGCAGAAAAAAAAUAUAUAUUUCAACUUAAGACUAUUUUUGGAUGUUACAGUGUGGCUGCAGUAUAUUGUUUAUUUGUCUGAUCAAAGAUGUAUCCUUUCACAUUUAGUUUCUUAACUGAAAAUGAUUUUUUUUUUUGUUAUAUUCAUUGUAUGAUACAUGGGAGGGGAGAAAAUAAUAAUGACUUGAAUUUAAUGUUUCCGAUUGUGCUGCACUUAGACAAGCUGAAUAGCUAUUUAAAGAUGUCUAUUUUUUAAUGUGCUUUUCCUUGUUGCUGCCAACACUUGGGUGCAAUCCUUAAGGAAGAAGGGAACCGCGGACUUUGGGAGUAUUUGGGGCAGAUGGGACCAGAUCCAUAACUAGACAUUUAGUGUCCAUUAAUGUAUAGAAAAGGGCUGUUAUCGGGAGCGGUAGAGAUGUAGGACGGGAGGUGCAUGGCCAAAACAGAAAAAUCCUAAAGAACAGUAAUCCCAGAUAUGGACCGAGUGACUCUAGUUGGGACAAUGAAGGCAGAACUUGUUCACAAUUAGGGUAAAUGUCAUAUAUGUGAGAUUAUUUUUGUGUUUCAGGUGUUGGUAAAUAUUUUUUUUAUCUGGGUGAAAACGUGAAGCUAAUUGUUGUAACGCAACACCUGCAAGAUUAUUUACACUAAAGUAUUGAGAACGGGGCUUUCAAAGAAUGAAACAUUUUUCAGCCUGACUGGAAUUAAAAGAAUGGUUAGACAUUUUGGGAAAUGGGCUUAUUACCGUUCUUGGUCACAAUUAGAUGAAAAGAUUGAUGUCGCUCUCAUGUCCUUAUGAGCUACAGAUAGCAGCUGGUUAGCUUAGCCUAGUCUAAAGUCUUAAACAGAGGGUAAACAGUGAGCCUGGCUCUGUAUAAAGCUGCGUUCAGACUGACUUUGGCCCCAGACGCAGCGCUCUCAUUUGAACCAGGCUCAGCUUUUGCUGCAACGCAACAGGAGUCAUCCAGCAAGUUGCUGUGUUGGCCAACCACGUGUCAUAUUUCUCCUGUUUACCUCGCCAUCGCCGUGACCCAAGAUGAAACGGUUUUUAUUUUGCUGAGUAUUACAAGCCGCUGUGCAGUGUUUUGGUGUGGAUAAGCUUUUAAACUCAACUCUGUUACUCUUUUACUUCCUGGAUCUUGUUUCAUUCAACAACUCGGCCUCACCAACACCGCCGCCUGCGUCGUUCUGACACCAGGCGGUUUUAGACGAGGUCAUGCACCGGACUAUUUCUGAAUUUUGUUUUUUUACACUUUGGUGUUAAACUAAAUAAAACAUGGUAAUUGGUGAGCUUUAGAGGUGCUUUUAAGAGGAUUCUGUUACUUUUGACAGAGCCAGGCUAGCUGUUCCCCUCUGUUUCCAGUCUUUAUGCUAAGCUAAGCUAACUGUCUGCUGGCUGUAGCUUCAUAUUUACCACAGAGCCAUGGGAGUGGGGUCAAUCUUCUCAUUUAUCUCUCGGAAAGACCGCAAGUGAGAGCAUUUCCCAGAAUAUUGAAUUAUUCCUUUUUAAAAGUAGUCGAUUUAAGAGAUAACACAUAUGAGACCUACAGUACUAUAUUUUUCCAGAGUAUUGAGAAGGCAAAUAUUUUUGAAUGUUUAAUUUUGCAGAUGGAUUACGAUAGGAUGCGCUUGAGUGUAUAUUUGUUGAGUGCGUAUAUGUGUAUAUGUUAGUUUGGAGGCUACUUAAAGGGAAAUGCCACUCAGUUUAAGAUUUUAUGUACAGUACAUUGUUUCUGUGGUCUAGGAAAGUGCAGUCAGUGUUUAGGAACAUACAUGGUUCUCUUGUGAAAGCUGAAAAAGCAAAGACUUAACACUUGUCUUACACUUCUGAUCAUCUGGUAUUUCCCAGUGCACAAGAGGCUGAUUUUGUGUAUUGUGAGUUUUUAUAUCCAAACAAGGCUCAUUAUGAAUUAGUGAUAUCAAGACGAUUAGAAAAUCGCUACAGGAUUGUUUUUAAUCUUUACCAUCAAUGCCUGUUCACUCCCUGCAUCUCCAGACUUUAUUAUAACCUCUCGUUUGCUUUUAUUUUCCAGUUUCUGACGUUGGGAGUGGAUAGAUGUGUUCAUGAACUUAAUCUGACUGCCAUAGAUCAUAGGAACAACUUUUUAAAAACAAAAAAACUGAAUUGUGUUCCCUCUGAACCCCGAGUGUCCGCUCUCUUACUUUUGAGUUCAUAUUUUUUAGGUCCAGUCUCUUUCUGAUGCCUUUCUGUCAGUACAGCAUUCCAACCUCUGUGACGUUUAAAAAACUGCGUGGGGAACCUGUUUUGUAAUCACAGAUCUUAUUUAGGUUUCACCAUCAAAUAAAGUCGACUUUAUCUUUCUA